CUCAACCCGGAGUGGUUCGAGGAAUGUGACCUGCCAAUCCCUCAUAUGCACACCUCUGUGGAGGUGUCCGUGUAUCAUCGUGGGGUCCUGUCUGACGACUUUCUGGGCCUGGCUCACAUCCCUGUGUGGGAACAUAGCAUCGCUGAGACGCCACGUAGUCAAUGCGUCGAGGGCUCCCCCACCCCCCGUAUCCCCACCACCACCACCACCACCAUUCUCUCUCUAUGAGUGGCGGAGCCCCUGUCCACUUUUCAGCUCUGGAUGUGAACCGCACCCCUUGGGGUGUAGAUCCGGACUGCACGGACGGCCUGACCCGCAGCUACAGCAUGUCGGCGGCCUACAUCAAGUCCAUGUCACUGGACCGCGGGAGGGGCGUGGCCUACAGCACAGCCGGCACCACAAGGCCUGCUGCCAUGUCACAGCAGCAGCAGCAGCAGCAACAGCAACAGCACUACAACGGGCUCAGCAACAACCACAACAACAGCAGCAGCAGCAGCAACGUGCCGUUUUUCCACGCCGGCGACUUUGGGACAGGUGUGUCUCAGCUACACAGCCAGUCUCUGUACAACCUGCCGGGAGAGAGGCGGAGCUGCGCCGAGAUCCCGCUCCACCACGCCCCACCCCCUCCCUACGACGUGAGAGCCCGAUCUCAGGAUGACUCAGCCCUCAUGGCGGCGUCACGUGACCGGCACCACAGGACAGGCGGAGGACACCCGCACAACGCCCUCCUCCACCCCACCGGCAGCACCAGCGCCAUCAGCAGCAGCGGUGCCUACUUCGAGCCCGUCACGCAUGGGCAGACAGGGUCACGUGACCCGCGGUCUGGAGGGAUCUACGAGAGCAUCAAGGAGAGGACGGAGCCGGAGAACUCUCUCUCCUCCUCCUCCGAUGACCCGGAAAGCGUUCCGGGGCCUAAACCGCGGAUGCGCCGUUCCGGAGCGGGGGGAGUGACGUCUUCAACGUCGUCGAAAACACGACGUGACGUCCCAGCUAUGGGCAGCAGCUCCCGGGAUUACGUCAAAGAUUCGUCGUCUGCCAUAUUCCCGCCUCCCUCCAUCCCUGGCGGCCAGGGUAACGGUGUCGUUGUCGUUGGCGGGCGGUCAAGCCCCAGCGUCACGCCCUUCUCUCUCAUCUCCUCUUCGGCGUCCAUGCAGAGCCCGGUGGGCGAGCCGUACAGCCCACGGGACUCGGGGAUCCUCGACGACCGCUCGUCCAGCCACGGGAACUCGCUCGAGGGCAGCAUCAACAUCACCACAGACGGAAACAGUAACAUUAACGGUAACGGUAACGGUGGCGUCACCGGUAACGCUGCUGCCAGUUCCGGGGCUGGUCUCGGUGGGGGUUCUUCUGCGCUGGCAGCGGUAGUGGUAGCCUUUCGUUGA